CCCAGAGCCUCUCUGACCACGCUGUCAGCACAGACCCACCAGCAGAGAGGACAGGUCAAAGGCAUGCCAGCUUUUCCGUGAUGCCUGGCCAGUAACGUCAGCCAUGACCUGGAGGGACAGGGACAAGAGGUAGCUUGGUCUUCUUAGCGAGGUCAGCCCGGAGCUCUGCCUGUUGAGGAGAGACCUUCAGAGGUGUUGAAUGAUGAGUGCGAUAAUGCCUACUCCUGCCGCUCCAUGGUGAGCUGUGACGCCAAACUCAAAAUCUUUAGACCUGAAGCUGGACUUAAUCCGCAGUCCUGGUCUUAGAAGGAAAUGCUGUCUCUCCUGUGUGAUCAUCCGUCAACUCUGAACGUCUUCCAUUGAAAAAUCGACCUUCCACGCUAGGAGGCAAGGAUCAAAUGGGUUGAGAACAAUUGGUCAUCCUUUUUUUGCAGAGGAUUCCUUGAUAUAUUUUUAAGUGCCAGGACAUGAAACAGUAAAUCCCUCCUUUCUGCACUCCUGCCUCCUGCAAACAGCCCCGACUGCUGUCCAAGCCAGCCAGUUAAAGGGUUAACUAUAACUGGAUGCCUGAAUGGCUGCCUUACUGAUCCCACGGAGGAACAGAGGGAUGAGGACUCGCCUGGGCUGCCUGUCUCACAAAUCAGACUCAUAUAAUGAUUUCACAGCUAUUCUUCCGGACAAGCCUAACCGGGCUUUGAAAAGACUGUCAACAGAAGAAGCAACAAGAUGGGCAGACUCUUUUGAUGUUCUUUUGUCCCAUAAAUAUGGGCUGGCUGCUUUCCGCGCUUUCCUGAAGACAGAGUUCAGUGAGGAAAACUUGGAGUUCUGGCUCGCCUGCGAGGACUUCAAGAAGACCCGCUCAGCAGCCAAGCUGGCCUCCAAGGCCCAGCGGAUCUUUGAGGAGUUCAUCGAUGUGCAGGCUCCUCGAGAGGUGAACAUAGACUUCCAGACACGGGAGCUGACAAGAAGAAAUAUGCAGGAGCCCUCCCUCUCUUGCUUUGACCAAGCUCAGGGGAAGGUGCACAGCCUGAUGGAGAAAGACUCUUACCCCAGGUUCCUGAGAUCCAAAAUAUACACAGACCUACUCUCUCAAACCCAGAGGAGGCUCAGCUAGAGCAGCGAUGGGGCCAUCAGAAACCACGUGCUUCCCACAACAACCAAAACCCAUGUCUAAAUGUGAAACUUUCUUGGUAUUAAAAGCAGUGGGAAUGAAAAAAGAGGGAGAAGGGGAAGAGGAGGCUUCCAGAG